AUGCGCAUCUCGUGGCGUCUGGGCUCGGGCUACGUCGAGUCGGUGGAUGACUACAUCGGCGUUUUGGUUCCUCUGGAGGAAGCUCAUCUUUAUAGCCAAGCGGCUAAAGCUAAGAAUGCGAGCAAUGGGGCAAAGCGAGAAGAGGGGGAGAUGGACGACUUGGAGAUGAAAGAGGAAAGCGAGGGUAUGCUUGGGGGUGAGGCUGGUGAAUACACCGUUGAAGGUCUGCGCAAGGAGAUGAGAGAAGGACGUCGAGGGCAGUGGACGACAUAUGAAAUCAAAUCAAAACUCAUAAACAAAGCAGUUGGGGAUAUCGGCAUGGGUAGUUAUAACUGGCAGCUCUUUGUGUUAUGUGGCUGUGGAUGGUUCGCCGACAACCUCUGGAUGCAGGGGGUAUCACUCUGUCUCCCAUCACUUUCAGGCGAGUUCGGCAUCGACGAAAAGACAGUUCGAUACACGACCAGCGCCCUCUUCAUCGGUCUCUCCAUUGGCAGUUUCUUCUGGGGCAUUGGAUCCGACUUCCUUGGCCGUCGCAUCGCCUUCAACACCACGUUGCUUAUCACCAGCGUAUUCGGUAUCAUGUCCGCUUACGCUCAGAGCUGGGGCAGCGUCUGCUUCUUAUUCGCCGCCCUGGGCUUUGGAGUUGGUGGCAAUCUUCCAGUCGACGGCGCUCUCUUCCUCGAAUUUCUCCCUGAUGCUUCCAGCGCUCUUCUCACCCUCCUGUCCGUCUGGUGGCCCUUUGGACAGCUUGUCUCAUCUCUGAUCGCAUGGUAUUUUAUCGGCAACUGGCCUAUUCAGCAGGGCUGGCGAUACUUCAUUGUCACGAUUGGCAUUGUCACCUUUGCCAUGUUUGUCGUCCGAUUCUUCAUCUUCCAUCUUUUCGAAUCGCCCAAAUUCCUCCUCAACAAGGGCCGUCAGCACGAGGCCGUCGCUGUCAUCCACGGACUGGCAUACCGCAACGGCACAAAGACGUGGCUCACUUCUGAGCUUCUCGAUCUGGUGUCCUGUGAGGAUGGUGAGGAUAUAGCCCACGUAGCUGAGAAGAAGACCCCUGCCCUAUCGACUUUCGGUGUUAUCCGUGAGAAGAUCCGAUCUUUCUCUGGGGAGCGUAUACGACCUCUCUUCAAGACCAAGACCCUUGGCGUGGCAACAUCAUUGAUCUGGUUCUGCUGGGCCACCAUCGGAAUGGGCUAUCCCCUUUUCAAUGCCUUUCUUCCUCAGUACUUUGCUCGUGCGCACAACGAGGAAGCCUCAGAGAACAUGCAGUCCGAAACUGACACCAUCUCGUCCGACACAUAUCGCAACUACGCCAUCGCCUCUGUCAUGGGCGUCCCGGGCUCUCUACUAGCUGCUUAUCUCGUCGACCAUCCAUCUCCCUUCCUUGGCCGCCGCGGAACACUUGCCAGCUCCACGCUCCUCUCUGCGAUAUUCCUUUUCCUCUUCGUCUUCUAUGGCACAACCUCAACUGCACAGCUUCUCAUGUCUUGCGUUGAAGCUUUCGCCCAGAACAUUAUGUAUGGCGUUCUCUACGCCUUCACUCCUGAGAUUUUCCCUGCCCCCGUCCGCGGUGCUGGUACUGGCGUAGCCAGCUUUUUGAACCGUAUCACUGGCCUUAUGGCACCCAUCAUCGCUGCUACUGUUCCUGGUGAUGGCGCUACGACCCCUAUCAUCAUGUCCGCCAUUCUUAUCCUGUCAGCCUUUGUUGGCAUUUGUCUGAUUCCUAUCGAGACGAGAGGAGCUUCGCGACUCUGA